UCAGCGGGAGCGGCGCGGGAGUGGUGGCAGCGGUGUCCCAGCGCGGUGGCGGUGGCAGCAUGCGGGAGGCACGGUUCAGGGACCACUUUUGGAGUACGGAUCUGACGAGCACAGUUGGCUACGACAGCAUCAUUCAACAUCUGAAUGAUGGCAGGAAGAACUGCAAAGAGUUUGAAGACUUCCUGAAGGAAAGGGCAAUUAUAGAAGAAAAAUAUGGCAAAGAGCUCAUUAACUUGUCGAAGAAGAAGCCUUGUGGGCAGACGGAGCUGAACACGCUGAAGAGAUCCCUGGAUGUUUUCAAGCAACAGGUAGACAACGUGGGCCAAGGUCACAUCCAGCUGGCGCAAACCCUUCGGGAGGAAGCGAAGAAAAUGGAGGACUUCAGGGAAAAGCAAAAACUGCAUCGGAAAAAGAUAGAGCUGAUAAUGGAGGCGAUUCACAAAAACAGGAAUCUGCAGUACAAGAAGACCAUGGAGGCCAAGCGUCUCUAUGAGCAGCGCUGCAGGGAUAAGGACGAGGCAGAACAGGCUGUGCACCGCAACGCAAACCUGGUGACUCAGAAGCAGCAGGAGAAGCUGUUCCUGAAGCUGGCUCAGACAAAAUCGGCUCUAGAGGACUCAGACAGGAGUUACCAGCAGAGCGUUACCACACUGGAGAAGAUCCGGGAAGAAUGGCAGAAGGAGCACAUCAAAGCUUGCGAGUUCUUUGAGACUCAGGAGUGCGAGCGGAUCAACUACUUCCGCAAUGCCCUCUGGCUUCAUGUCAACCAGCUCUCCCAGGACUGUGUCCAGAAUGAUGAAAAAUAUGAGGAGAUUCGCAAGAGUUUAGAAAUGUGCAGCAUUGAGAAGGAUAUUGAUUUUUACGUAAAUUUACGCAAAACUGGAAGCCUGGCCCCAGCUCCUGUUGUUUAUGAAAACUACUAUAAUGCACAGAGAAAUGCAACUCCUGUGAGAAGCCCAGUUCCUGCAGCUAUAUCAAGGAGGGGACCUCUACCCACCCCGACCAGUGCGCCAGGUGAGCCUGAUUAUGCCACAGUGGAUGGCUACAGCUUGAUACAUCACUAACAGCCACAGUUCUCCAUGCAGAAGACACGGUCAGUCUGGCCAGCGUGGCAGAGUUGGCAUUUCCAGUUACUCCCGGCCACACAGAGCUGAAGUGCUUCUCCAUUUUAAGAAAGUAUUUGCGGACUCUGAUAAUUACUCGUACAUUCAGAAAGCGCCUGCUAAAAAUCUGUGCCUUUGAUCAGCAAACUCCUUGGACGGAUAUCCCAUCUUCACCCUCAGGGGAAGAAAAGUAAUGUAAGCGAUGGACCCCAACACAGGGGGAUCUUCUGUGUCAGAAAAAGUUUUUGAUUUGAAUUUCUUCUAAAGUGAAGCCGUCUGGGAGAAGCUGGAGUCUCCCAUGCCCCAAAUAACUAGAGAAGUCCUAUGUGCCAAGGGGAGCACCACGCAAUGCUUUGGGCACGCUGGCUUGUGUUCAGGGCAUAUGUAUCUCAUGCAGAUCUCAGGUUACACAUUUUGCCUGUUUCUAAAGUCUUUCAUUAAUGGUGAUUAAACUUGUAAUUUAGAUUUAAUUUCAGUCAUAUGUCGCAGGGAGCUUAUUUAGAGGAGCACCAAUGGUUACAUCAUGUGUCUAGCUUAGCUGUAGAUGUGCUCCAAGCUUAGGCGCUGCUACUGGAAGCUAGUUUGCAUCCUGCCUGGUCCACAGCACAGCUACCAAGCGAGAUGCUGUGCUGCCAGAAACCUGCUGGGAAAUCCUGCACUCUACAGCGUUACUGGGGAUCUGAAGAAGUCGGUGCUGCGUGAAAAGUAAUUAUUCCACAGUUGGUCAGCUCUUCCAACCACCUCCCCGAUGAGGGGCUUGGGGUGUUUUAGGCUCAUGAUAUAGCUUGUCCCUGGUAGCCUCUGGAGACCUCCAUUUGAUUAACCUCUGGGAAUCACUGAACUUGGACUCAUUCUGUCUAUGCACCACUGGAAACAAACUUAGCUACUGAGGUUGGCCUGGAGCCAUGAAACUUGUUUCCUGAUCAGGUCUCCUCAAAGUUCAUGCCCUUCUCGUUACCAUAUAUAUGAUUAUGGCUUUGCUUCAGAAGCUCCCAUGCCUUGGGACUGCCGGUCUCUCUGAAGUCCCUGUGUGAAGGGUUGCUUAACAGCUCCUCACUGCUUUACGACACUGGACACAGGCAUGCAGGACAUGGGGACUAGGACACAGUUUUGCUGUCUAAACCUGGUGCCAGGUGACUAACUUUGGAGCAAUGGGAGUUGCUAAUUCUUCAACUUGAAUCUGCAUGACUUCAGUGUGUGCAUAAGUCCACCAGUCUCCAGGGCUUUUACUGUAUAUCCUUGUGCAGAGAAGAUCACAGUAAACUUUAACAUCUGUCCUACUGCAUUAGAACGAACUGUACAAAGUGCACCUCAAGGAAUCAGUUAUCCUAUUUUUUUUCUGAAAGACCAAGUGUACGAAUAUUCUUCUGAAGCAGCCUG